AUGGCAGGCAUUGACGACAAGUCCAAAGUGUCAACUCAGGACACGCCACACAGCUUGACGCCAGUGUCGAAGCAUGAGACCGAUGAUAAAUCUACUCUCAAGCAGCUUGUGAAAGUAGAUUGCACUUUUCCUGGACCAUCGUUGACUGGGUCUAGAGUGUCACCCCUGACUGCUCCGAGACUGACGCUGGCUGAAGGAGCUGGAUUCAGUAGCUUCUCGAGCGGGCCCUCUCCAUGGAUUUCUCAACAGAGCAACCAAGCAAGUCCAUGGACUCCAAAGGAAGCCGACGAGAAAGGGUCUCUGAGUGAUGCUGUGAAGUGCGUGUCGUCUACAGGCCAGGACCUUCAAGGGCAAUGCGCUCGACUGGCAGCGUCCAUGUCAGUCGAAAGGACAGUCGAGAGAAAGCCAAGCCCUCAGUUUCGCGGGUAUGACGAUGCUGAUUAUGCAUCGCCUGAAGACGGUGUAAUCAGAUCUCUUGACGAAAAAAGUGUUGGCCAAAUCACGGACCGUGAAGGUAGACUAUCGCCUGUUGACUUCACCGAGGUUGCUGUCAGUAAAGGUCCACAGCUGAGUGAGAUAGACCUCCACAGUCUAUCUCCUAAGUUGGUCCUUUUCUACUUUGGCGUGCUGCGAUUGCAAGACCCGCAACUCGAUCCCAUUGUGGAGUUCACAAAGGAUCCAGUUGAUGGUCGAUUCUGCGCAAAACUCACCAUAUAUCGGGAUUCCCUCAAAAUUCCAGCACUGGAGUCGAUGACAGCCGCGAAGGUGGAACUUUGUCGAGUGGCCUUGUCAAUCCUAAAAGUCCGCUUUGCGAACUGGAAAGUCCCUGACGAGCCAAGCGAGAAGUUGACGGCAUUUAGUUGGCGCUGGGCACAGCUGCUCCAAGCCUACGCAGAAGAUAUGAAGUACCCUUCCCCAGAGCUUACGAAAUAUGUCCACAAGAACGGAUUUCGUUAUCAAGUCGAUAUAGGCAAGGUCGAUACUAGAAUUGUGACGAGCUUCGGUCAUCGCAAGUUUUACGAAACCGAAGACCAAGCCGUAGAGGCAGCGUCUCAUGAGGUUUUGUAUCUGCUGCUUAUUCAGGAGCUUCAGGAGCUGCAAGAGGCGACUCUUACAGCCACGAGACUUGAGCAUGAAAACUUUUCAACAUUUUCUUCUCAGCUACCUACAUCGACUACUGACAACUUCCUCCCAGCAAAGAUCGAGCAUCCUUCUAUCUCUAGUAAUGUCGGUUCUGGUAGGGACUUGUCCAAGCCGGUCAAUGACAGAAUCCUGAAGCCGAUACACUCAGCGAAUGCACCUCACAAAAUCACCAAGCCUACUCAUCCACAAUCAAAACGCGGCAAACCAUGUGAGCCAUCUAUUUCCACAUUGUCUAAUCUGGUUCCGGUCACGAACCCACGCCUUAACACGGAAAACGUGCAAGCCGAGCCUAAACCAGAAAGGAAGUGGAAAGCGACGCCAGAUCAAUUGAAAAGGGCCAUUGAAAAAUUGCAAACCAGUCGUCAGAAAUAUGAACGUGAGGACUCUACAACGAUUGAACUUGGUUUGAUGAAGACUAAUAUCGAAUUCCACGAAAACGUCAAACUGCCUCCCGCACCAUCCACCUAUACGGUGUGGGCAACCUUCCAAAACGAACCAUUCCUUACUCGAGCGGGGCCCAUUGGUUUGAUCAAAAAGUAUCCCGGCACGCGGUUGAUUGCCGAAGAACGAUGCUGUCAGAAAGUGGUCGAGUACCUGUUGAAAAUGGUCGAAGAAGAUUAUGAAUUCGAGAAUGAAGAGAUGGAGCAGCAGCGGAAGAUCGAUAAUUUCCCUGAACUGAAGAAGAAGGCUUUCGCCAUGGAGAUAGACCCGAUCUCAUAA